AUGACGCUCGAUUACGCAUGGAGGAGUCGAACGGAGAGCUGGGCCUGCGGCUCUUGGGGUUACAUACUGCAGCCCUCCAUCAAGACCUCCGGUGGUGGGUGCCGAAGGACUUGCUUCGCAUCUUUGAAGUUCAAGAAUGCGACCAACAUCAAGAGCCUCAAGAGCCUGAAGAACGCCGAUACCAUCAAGAUGAUAAUCAAGAACAAAUUUUCGAAAUGGAAACCCACAGAGUCAUUGGGUAUGGUCAGCAGAAAUCGGAAAGAUUUGCCCGAGGACAUCACAGACGAUGAUGACGACGAAAUUGCCAAGGAUGUUGGGACAAAUACCGUUCUUGCAACAGAGUCAUUAUCUUCUAUGCCGAUGCUUUUUGCCCAGCACAUCUUUUCAGCAUUCAUGUAUGCUGUAACAGGCAUGAACAAGAAAACGACACUCUUCCAAGAUACUGCCGACGUACAACCCAACACUAGUGGCGACAGCACUUGGACAUCCUUCACGCUCCGGAACGCAACUCUAUCUGCAAUGAUUUCGGAAAUCGAAAGCUCUGGUUUUGGAAACCUUGCAGAUAUCUAUUUCAGCGUCAUACCGCCGCUGAGUGAAAAACACAGACUUCCCCAGGCCGAUGAUACGAUUAUUGCAAUGGCAAGAGAGAAAGCCGAGCAGCAUGAGCAACUGCAACAUUGGGAGGAGGCUACUAAGAUAUAUCUGUGGCUUUUCCGAACAGCAAACACCUUCAAAGAACGAGGCAUGCUCACCAAGGCCACUGCCGUUUUGAUGGAGUAUCUGAGACAAGUUUCCUCCACUAUUGAUCUGAGUGAAGGAGAAAGUGGUUAUAUUCUUGAGCCUCUGAAGGAGGCCAAGAGAACUAUCGAGAAAGAGCUGAACAAGUCUGCUGACCAUCAGGUUCUGAUGAGUCUCAUGGCUCUAUAUGCAAGACAGGGCCGCGAAUGGAAAUGCGCUACAUUUUGCGAACAGGACGCCCAAACCAGUUGCGACGAGAACGACGAACGACUGGACGAAUUCAACUUCACGUAUCUGCAUAAGAAAGCUUGUGGAGACGGUUUCGACUUAAUCUACACUCAGCGCUCAGAUUUGAAUGCGAAAGACAUCCUCCGUUGGAUGCCCCUUCAUUAUGCUGCCAGAGCUCGCUCCUGGUAUGCGGUUUACGAGUUUCUUGAUCGGGGCGCUGAUGUCAGCUCCGUUGACCUCAAUGGAUAUACACCAUUGCAUUACGCCUGUCAAUUCAGCAUGGAAAUGGAUAAGGAUGCUGAUAACAGGGAAAUGGUAAUUAAAUACCUCAUCCGUGAAGACACCGACGUCAACUUUCAGGGCAGAGAUGAAAUGACGCCACUACACUAUGCAUCGAUGGAGGGCAACGAGGGCAUACACGCAAGGGGGGUUUAA